AUGGUUCAAGAUAAGGUUGGAUCAAACGCGGAGGACUUACCCCGUGAUGACAUGAACCUUAUCGUGCUUAACCAUGUUCCAACAAAAAAAGAACGUAAGUUCGGGGUUGGUCGGCUUCCGGAACUAGACCAAGCAACAUCUUCUUGUUCUUACAACCUUACGCAUCUUGAAGAAGAAAUUGAGAGAUCCAACGAGGAGAGAGCAGAGCGAGAGAGGAAGGACAAGGAAAACGAAGACUUCCGAGCACGGUUGAAGGCGUUUCUCGAGACGGCUUAUCCGGGACAAGAUUUUUAG